ACUGGCAACAUCACGUCUGUUGAUGUGUCGUCGUGAUUGUCCAAUAGAAAAUAUCAAUAUUUUGAGAUUUUAUGAAAUAAAAACGAUAAUUUCAGUCUAAUUUUUCAUAUUUAUAUACUACAUAUUAUAUAAAAUCUUUCAAUGAAACAGUCAUGGAUGAUAGGAACAUGGAAACGAGCACUUCUACUAGUAACUAUGGCGAUAGUGAACACCCCAGGAGCAUUAUACACAUUGACAUAGAUUGUUUCUACGCUCAAGUGGAGAUGUUGCGGAACCCCGAAUUGCGGUCGGUGCCCCUUGGGGUGCAGCAGAAAAACAUCGUGGUGACUAGCAACUACGAGGCACGGCGGUACGGAGUACAGAAGUGCAUGCUUGUUACCGACGCGAUUAAAACAUGUCCAAAUUUGAAACUUGUAAAUGGGGAAGACUUACACAAUUACAGGACAGCUUCAAAUAAGGUUUUCGAAGUCCUACUAACGUGGAAAUGCCAGGUAGAGAAAUUGGGUAUGGACGAAAAUUUUAUUGACGUCACAAAAUUGGUAUUGGAGAAGUCAAAGAGUGAUGAUGUUAAAAACGUCACACUCUGUGGACACCAGUACAGCAAACAUGGUGAGGAGUGCUUGUGUGGAUGUCACACUAGACUGAAGAUAGCAUCACAAAUUGCGAAUGAAAUUCGCCAAAAAAUAUAUGAUGAGUUAGGAUUGACUACUUGUGCUGGUAUCGCACAUAAUAAGUUGCUGGCUAAACUAAUCUGUCCAUUACAUAAGCCUAAUGACCAGACAACUAUCUUCCCAGAGCAAGGAGCUGGCUUCAUGUCAACUCUCCAAAGUGUCAGAUCCAUACCCAGCAUUGGUUCAAAAACUACAGAAACACUAAUAUCUCAAAAAAUCAUCUCAGUGAAGGACUUGCAAGAAGUACCCCUAGAAGUGCUGAAAAAUAAUUUCAGCAGCGAUAUGGCUGUUCGACUGAAGCAUUUAAGCUUAGGAGAAGACAAUACUCCGGUGAAACAGACCGGGAAACCCCAGAGCAUAGGUUUAGAAGACAGUUUUAAGACUGUGAGUGUUAAGAGUGAGGUGGAAGAUAAGUUUUCAGCUCUUUUGCAAAGAUUGCUUGUUUUGGUACGAGAGGAUGGACGCAUUCCAGUUUCAUUGAGAGUCACAUUGAGGAAAAAGGAUGCUAAGAGACUGAGCAGCCACAGAGAAUCAAGACAGUGUCAGAUAUCACCAUCAAUCUUUACAAUAUCAAAUGGUACACUGACUGUCACUGAAGUAGGCCAGCAGAAACUUAUGACUAUAAUUAUGAGAUUAUUCAAUAAGCUUAUUGACUUAUCAAAACCAUUCCAUUUGACAUUGGUCGGGUUGGCAUUUACAAAGUUUCAGGAGCGCAUGACAGGUAGAGGUUCCAUAGUGAAUUACUUGAUGAAUGACAUUUCUGUGCAGUCAGUACUCAACUUGCAAAAUGACUGUGACACAUCAGCCUCUUCAAUGGACUACUCUGCCGCUUCUCCAAGCAGCAGCACAACGACAGACUUGUCUGAUGGUGAAGUGGAACCUUCUCCUAAGAAGCCUAAAAAAGUCAACUGGAUAGCAAAGAGACGAUGUUUAUCAAAGGAGGAUGUGGCAUCCCCGAGCAAGCUAAAAGUUGCAGAAUUGAGGUUAAACUCAAAAGAGCUUGAGAAAGUGUCAGAGCUCAGACUGAACUCUAGAGACAGAUCUCUGACACCUCGUGCCAGUCCGGCUAAAGAUAAUCUCUCUGACACUUCAGAUACAAUGAAAGAUGUAGCAGAGGGUGGUUGCGAGGACUGUCCAAGUUAUGUUGACAAAGAAGUUUUCAAUGCACUGCCUGACGACAUGCAGCAGGAACUGAAGGCCAUGUGGAAGAACCCCUCCAGUUCCCAGGUCACCAGAAGUAGUCCAAGAACCAUGAACAAAGCAAAGCCGAACACACUCUUAAAAUAUUUUGUUCCACACAAAUAGUAUUAGUAAGAUUUUUAUCUUGUUAAUUAUUUUAAGUGAUAAGUGAAUGGUUUCUAUUUUUUCAAAUCAUACAAUUUUUAUUCAGCUGAUCAAAAUACAUGUUUAUGUUAAAA